UCAAAAUCUAUCGAUUGUGCUCGUAUUCUCGAUCCGUUAGCUCAGUCCAAGCAUAGUAUUAUUAUUGUCGGAGCUAACUCUAAGACACUGCGCGUUCUGUAAAAGCGUAUAUAUUUGCUCGUUGAUUCAAGUGAAAAUAAAUAAGAAAUAAUUAAAAUUAAAGUUUAGUGUAAAUCUAGUUUAUAAAAAAGCUCCGAAUAAAAUGGCACCGAAGAAAUUCAAUGGAUUUAUGAUGUUCGUCAAUGAAUGGAGGGAAAAGACCGCGGAGGGUCGCGCAGUGAGCCUUCCCCAAGCGAUAAGCAAAUGUGGCGAAACAUGGAAAAAUAUGAAUACGCAACAACGCGGACCGUACAACAAGAUGGCCAAAAACGCUGAAGUGUCAGCGCGCUGCCAGGUGGAGCGCCUCAACUGCCAUGGCCAGUCGCUAUCUGCGCUGGAACGCGAGGAAAUGGAGGCGGCUGAGCGUGAGUUGAACAUGAAGCGCACUACGGAGCGCAUAGUGCUGGCUGGCAAGAAGCGUCAUGAUCUGGAGAACACGAAAUUUAUUUUUGCUGCAUUUAAUUACUUUACGAAGUCAAUGACAAAUGAUAUUUAUAUUCCGGCCGAGUUUUCGGCUUGUCAGUUCUCGUUGAAGUCUGGCAUUUGCUCGAUGUACAGUUCGCACAUCGAUCCGGGUCAGCUGAUUUUUGGCCAGGGCAGCGAGACAAUGCACCACACAAAGCAUACGCAUCAGUUGCCAUUGCCGCCGAAUGCUAUGGGUGAAUCGGACAUAGGCAGACUCUAUGCGAACAUCGUGGAGUACUUGCGCGCCUGCAAUCCGGAUGCCAAGCCCAAUGAUCCUCUCGUGGUCUUCGCGACCCCCGAAUUUAUGCCAAUAGUGAAGGGCUGCUUCCGCUACCUGGAGAGCGACAGCGAGGAGCCGCUGGCUACGAUCCACAUUUACGACAUACAAUACCUGCUGUACGUGCUCAAGCUGGAGGUCUUGGACAGUGUGGAUAUUCGGAACGUUACUGUAAAUAGGACCGCCACUGACAGUCUCUUUAUAAACGACUACUUCUGCUACCACUUGGGAAUUUCGUGUCAGUAUCAUGAGGAUAUCGAUCGCUGCCAGUACUGUACCCAAUCUAUAAUCAGCCGCUGGUGUUAUGUCUUUAGCGACUUCAUGUGCGGGGACCUAGCGAUCACACCUUUGCCUGGCAAACACAUGCCUCCCAAGCAGGAGCCGAAAUUCCGUGUGUCUAAUCCGGGUAAUGAGAGCGUCAACUCGUCCAGGAUAUCCAGCAACUUCUCAAAGACAACUAACAAGUCAACCGGGAAAGUCUCCAACGAUACAUUUACCUCGGGUCAGUCCAUUGUGAAACACGAGAUCUUCGAUCACUCGGCCUUCUCUGCCGAUUUGAAUGCAGCUAAAGAUUUUCCUAGCCUUGGUGGCCGGAAACCCAAACCGAAUCGCAAUCCCAUGGGCAAAGAUUUAGCUCCAGGUGAUCCAAGACGCGCUUGGAAUGUUCCAGCCUCCAAAUAUAGGGUUAAAGACUUCGAGGACUCGUUUAAAAUGCCGCCUUCUUAAAUAUACAUAUAUUAGACUUACGCGUUCUUGAAACCGAAUAAGGAAC